ACCAUGGCAUCGUGCUUGAGUCCUAAACCCUCCACUCCCUACUUUCCUUCUUACCGCAGCAGACGGUGACCUGCAGCCGUGUUCGCUGGCCACCGUCCACCGUCCACCUGCACCAAUUUUUUAUUUUUUUUCUGUACACCUCCAUUGAGCCUUUGGAUGAUGGAGUACUGGUGAAAAUUAAUGAUGCGGAAGAGAAGGCUGAGGUUGGGAUCCGAUUUUCACAACUGCUCAAACGAACCCACUUGUUUAUUCAAAGUAUGCAGGGACUGAUAGAGUUCAGUGGUUCUAAGAAUCUUAUACUAAAGGAUGAUGAUAUUUUUUGUAUCCUUGAGAUAGAUGAUAUCAAAGAUAUUAAACCCUCAAAUGACAUAAGCUUAAGGUGGAAAGUUGAAGCAAUAUCUAAUGAAGAAUGGUGCUAAGAUCAGCAUGGAGGAACCACAAAUGUUGAUUUCUGGAAAUUCAAAUCAGAAAAAUGAGGCACUUGGAGAUCUCAUGCUAAGAAGUGAUGAGGGAUGUGUUUUUGAAAUGCUGAGUGAUACAAUCAUCUUUGAGCGUCUUGUUUCUCCAUCCUGUUUAGUGUUUUAGGGAGUUGCACUUUGCCUUCAUCUCUUUGCACUUACUGUCCACCCUGGUUUACAUGCAUAAUAGGCCCGAACAAAAAUUGAAGAUUUUGACCGUAUUGUGCGACAUGUUAGUAAAGCCCUUGCUUCUGAGGUUAAUGGGAACUUGUGUAAAGAGUUGGCAUGUUUUAAUAGGUGCAGUUUUGCAUUGGAGCAAUUCUUGGUGGUGUUGAAUUAUGGUUUCUUGGUUAUCAACAAGGUUGUUGAACAUAUGCAUAGCUUCGAUGUGCAAGGCCCGGCAAUUGGUUAAAGCUGAAGUUGUAUUAAUUGAUGGUAUAAGAUUAGGGGUACUUCCAGAUGUGGUUACAUACAAUACUUUAAUUGAUGCAUAUUGUCGUUUUGUGAGUAUUGAUGUUGGUUAUUCUGUUCUUCAUAGGAUGAGGGAAGCUGGGAUAAACCCAGAUGUUAUUUCUUACAAUUCUUUAAUUGCUGGGGCUGCCAGGAAGUGCUUGUUGUCUAGGUCCUUAUGUCUGUUUGAGGAAAUGAUUCAAAUGGGUAUACAUCCUGAUCUCUGGAGCUAUAAUAUAUUAAUGGAUUGUUUGUUCAAGCUUGGAAAACCGGAUGAAGCAAAUCGUGUUUUUCGGGAUAUAAUACUUAGUGAUCUCCAUCCAAGCAAGGCUACUUUUAACAUUAUGAUUGAUGGUCUUUGUAAAAAUGGGUAUGCCAAUAAUGCUUUAACGUUAUUUAGGAAUUUGCAGCAGCGUGGAUUUGUUCCUGAUAUAGUGACAUACAAUGUACUCAUUAAUGGGCUCUGCAAGGCCAGAAGAUUAGUGGCAGCAAGCAAGAUCCUUAAAGAGCUUGAAAUAUCUGGUCGUGAACCAAAUGCUAUAACCUACACUACAGUUAUGAAGUGUUGCUUCAGGUGUAAGCAGUUGGAACGAGGGUUUGAGAUCUUGUCACAGAUGAAGAGUAAAGGGUUCACAUUUGAUGGCUUUGCUUACUGUACGGUGAUUGCUGCAUUAAUUAAGACAGGAAGAAUUGAGGAGGCAGAUUACAUCAUUCAUCAGAUGCAGAUGAGUGGCAUUGUGUCUGAUGUGGUGUCCUAUAACACACUAAUCAAUCGUCACUGCAAACAGGGAAGAUUAGAUGAUGCCUUGAAGUUAUUGGAUGAACUAGAGAAAGCAGGCUUAGAAUGUGAUCAAUACACUCAUACAGUUAUAAUUAAUGGCUUGUGCAAAGCUGGCUAUAUUGAUGCAGCUCAACAACAUUUGAAUCAUAUGAGUGCAUUGGGAUUCAAUAGUUUGGUUGCUUUUAACUGUUUGAUUGAUAGUCUUGGUAAAGCUGGUCACAUUGAUCGUGCCAUGAAACUAUUUAAAUCAAUGGAGUUUAAAGAUGCUUUUACAUAUACCAUCUUGGUACAUAAUCUUUGCCGGGCUAGAAGGUUCCUUUGUGCAUCCAAGCUUUUGAUGUCUUGUCUAAAGUCUGGGCUUAAGACCCUAAAGGCUACUGAGAGAGCUGUUCUUGAUGGUCUCCAUGGUAUAGGAUACACAAAUGAAGCCAGGAAAUUGAGGUCUAAAAUUAAAUUAGCUCGAUUGCUGCAUUGAUUACUUGGCAGUUGUUGCAUCUGUAUUAGUAAUGUAGUACUUGCUGACUUGGUAAUAACCCCCAUAACUUUGUCAAAAGGGAGACUAUUAUCAUUAUGCUACAGGACUGUUGGUGAGUAAUAUAAUUAAAUAGGCUGGUGGCCUGGUGCUACAUCAAGAUGAUUGAGCCUUGGCCUUUUUAGCGUCAGUGAAUCAUUCCUUGUAUCAUUGAUGUGUAUCCAAGGACCUGCCGGGAAUUCCACCACAACAGCCAUGAGUAAAGGUUGUUUUGAUGUCGUGUUCUGGUUGGUGCGUAAAUCAGCUCGAAAGACAAAUGUUGAUAUCUGGAAAUUCAAGUCAGCAAAGACAUUGUCUCGCUGGGAAGUGAUGAAGAAUCAGUACUUGUUAUGUGUUGCUGAUGUGAUGAUCUGCAUUUGGAGAGCACUUUCUUAGUGUCUUUUCUCAUUUCUUUUUCCCAUGAGAGUGGUGGAUGUAUAGAGUCAUUGACAUUAUUGUGGCUGUAAAUUUGUAAAUAGUCGCUUCUUGAAUUAGAAAUGUAGGUGGUGAAUUGUAUACCUUGCGAAAUUUGAGAUUAAUAUGAGGUUCUCUGUGUAAUGUUGUAACGUGAAUAAUUCUUGUUCUGAUUGAUGUUUACAUGAGUUGGCCAAGCCUUGUGAAGACUUUAUAUUCCUGAAUUAAAGUUUAUUAUA